CGCCCCCGUUAGAGGACUGUGACGGCGCAUGCGUGAAACAGCCACGCUAAAGGAGCCUUAUAUUUCCACUGUCAGAGCAUUGAGGGGCGAGUCGACUGUCGUGUGGACUUGGACGGAUCAGAGCAGAAGAGAAAGAAUGUUUGUUUCCAUGGGGUCCAGGCAUCCCAGUUCCUGGUAGAGAGGCAGGGCAAUGGUGAACGGAGAAGAGGCCAAAGGGAUGUCGGAUGAGUAUCACCUCAGAGAACGACCAAGAGAGGAAGAAGCGAAGAUGAAGAACAGAGUGACCAGCUCUCACGGACCUGGAAAUGUCAAGAAAAGGCUGUGGUCUUGGAAUGAGUACCUGGAUCAAGAGAUGGCAGUAGCUGCCCCAAUCAGAGCAUUCACAGAGUUGCAGAUCGCCCCCCAGGGCAGGAAUGGCUUCAAGGCUGGGAUGCUGCUGGAGGGCAUGGACCCCCUCCACCCCUCCAAGUUCUGUGUGCUGUCUGUGGUGGAGGUGAUCGGCUACCGGUUACGCCUCCAUUUUGACGGGUACCCGGAGUGCUACGACUUCUGGGUAAAUGCUGAUUCUCCAGACAUAAAGCCUGCUGGUUGGUGCGAGAUGACUGGACACAAACUUCAGCCUCCCAAGGGUCAUAAAGAAAAUGGGUUUAAAUGGGAAAAAUACCAAGAGGCCUGCAACUCUCAAAUAGCACCAAAGAAUCUGUUUAAAAACCAAAACAAGACUGUGACAAGCUCCAAGUUUCAGGUGGGUAUGAAGCUUGAGGCUGUUGACAGGAAGAACCCGUAUCUGGUCUGUGUGGCAUCUGUCGCCGAUGUCAUAGAUGAUCGCUUCCUGGUUCACUUCGACAACUGGGACGACACGUACGACUACUGGUGUGAUGCCAGUAGCCCACACAUCCACCAAGUGGGCUGGUGUCAGGAUCACGGCCGACCCCUCACUGCACCUCAGGGACACCCCAAUCCAGAAUGUUUCUUGUGGGAGGAGUAUCUAGAAGAUACCGGCUCCCUGGCUGUGCCAAGUGAAGCUUUCUGCAUGAGAGCGCCGCACCAGUUCCAGGUGAACAUGAAGCUGGAGGCUGUGGACAGAAGGAACCCCGUUCUCAUACGGGUGGCCACCAUUGUUGAGUCUGAAGACUACAGGCUGAAGGUGCACUUUGACGGCUGGCAUCAGAAGUUUGAUUUCUGGGUGGACUCAGACCAUUCGGACCUGCACCCCGCAGGGUGGUGUGCACAGACAGGCCACCCGCUGGAGCCACCCUUCCGUCCCACAGACAUCAAGUCCUCAGCCAAUCAGGGUGUGUGUCCGACCCCAGGAUGUCGGGGUGUGGGCCACAUCAGAGGUCCACGCUACACAGGCCACCACAGUGCCUUCGGUUGCCCGUACUCAGAGAUCAACAUGAAGAAAGAAGCCACGCUCCCAGACCGUCUGGGAGGAGAACGCUAUGUCACCAUGGUCCCCGUACAGUUCGUCCAGAAAACCAAGACGCUGUGUCCCGCAGAGGAGGAGGAGAAGGAGGACUGCCUCACAGAGUCAAGGGCCGUGGUGUCAGAGAACGGCGGGGCGGGCCGGCUCAGGGGUCAGUACCCUCGGGCGCCCGGCAACGCGCCGGCAAAGAGAGGCCACAGGGAAGAAGCCAUCACUCAGGGACUCUCCUCGGCCAGUAAGAAAGCCAGGCUGCAGAGCAGGCAAGCCCAGUCAGCCAAACGUCUGGAAAUGAAAGAGGACGAGGAGGAGGAUAUUGACAUGCAGAGUUUGCUCAGAGGGGGCGACGUGGACAGCUUGGAGCGAGCGCUGCACCAGUCCGUCUUCCUUUCGGCCCCGGCCGAGCCGGGCUGUGAGCUGACCCUGUGCUGGGAGCAGCACUGUAAGCUCCUGCCGGGCGUGGAGCGGGAGCCGGCCAGCCGCGUGGAGCACUGGACCGUGGAGGAGGUGGCCAGCUUCAUCCAGUCCCUCCCCGGCUGUGAGGAUCCAGCGGAGCGGUUCAGAGAGGAGCAGAUAGACGGAAAGUCCUUCUUGCUGCUGACGCAAAGCGACAUCGUGAAAAUCAUGAGCGUGAAGCUGGGCCCAGCUCUCAAGAUCUACAACUCCAUCCUGAUGUUCAGGAAUGCAGAGGACAACCAAUCAGGAAGCAGUGAUGCCAACACAUGAGGUCAAAGGCACUUUCUCUCUCCGAGUCUGAGGAUGGAGUUUUUCCUGCCAUAUUGUGGUUUUGUUAAUAACGUUGAACUAUUAUUUUUUUUCAAGUGCUUCAAUUUUUUGUUACUGACACAGGAUAUAAAAUUUGGCAGUAGCUGAAUAUGACUUAAAGUGUUGUGUACUGUGACAAAAGAUUAGCUAUUUGUACAAUUUGUUAUUAAAAGUGUAGGGCAAACCACUGUGCUGUUAUAUUGAAUUCCUCUGCGUGAGACUGAAGAAUGCAGCUGACCUGUACUAGAUUGUCAAUGGAACACUCCAGUGUCUUUGUACACUUGGUAAGGCUUUCUGUUUAUUGACUGGCCAAAUCCUCAAAGGUUUGUCUUGGUAAUCGUGAAGGGCUGGUCUACUCUGGUCUAAUGUCUUUAUCGAUUUCCUACCCCACCCCCCUCACUCCCAAACACAGAGGACAGCAGAAACGACAAUCGUGAAACACUAGGUGUAACGUUGAGGUCUGGAGGUUGGUAGUGUUCUCUAGGUGCUGUUUCAGAAACGCAACAGGUGGAAAGGAUACGGGUCUGAUAAGGUGUAUGAGCGGCUGCCCCUAUACUGCACAUGCCCUUAUUUGUUGUCUGAUUUAACUUAAUUCUGUUUUGUACAAUUGCUAUACGAUUUCACUAUGACGACUGAUUCACUUUUAUUUAUUGUGAAAUGGUUGUGAAUUGGUGACGUGUAGAGUUCCAGAAAAUAAUUAAUAUAUGACACUGAAAUACCAAAAGUAUUUACAUGUUAAAUUGUGACAUAAUUUAUUUUAUAAUAUAUUACAUAUUCAAAGAACUUAUUUUUAAAGUAUAUUAUAAGGAUGGAUACAACUUGUAAUAUAGCAGUUUUGAAUAUUAGAAGUCAGCCAUCAUUUAAAAGUGACAGCGUAGGAGUAACACAUCUUAUUCAGUCUUAUUUAGUUUUCUAGCAGAUGCCAGAUCUGGCAGAAAUGAUCAACACAAAUGAAAAGAAGAGCCAUCCAAAUAGACUGAUGGCAAACUUUAAUUAAUCAAUGUGUCUUUGUUUUUGUGAAGACCCAAAGUACCACACCACUUAUUAUUAUAACUUUUCAUAAUUAGAGAAAAUUGACAAAUGUUUCUGUUAAAUGUCAUUUUCAUUGUUUUUUUUUUUUCCUAUUUGUCCACAUUUCAGAGUCGAGUGUGGAUAAGUUGUUUUGUAACUGGUUUCAUUUCUUUCUGAUGGCAAAGAUCACAGUUGGAGUCUGUCAUUACCUUUAGGUCAUUGAACUUCUCUGAGUAACCAGGUUACCAUAUCCACUGUACAUAUAUUGGAUUACAACUUAUUAAAGAAAUAGAAUCUA